AUUUAUUAUAUUUUUAGAAAAUGUGAAAAUGAAGACGGCCGCUUUCAGCGUAGUUACGUGUGUAUUUAUAUUAUUUCUAUUCUGCAAUGACGUCAUAGGCCAGGGAUUCCCCAAUUUUCAGAAGGGUCAGUAUUUACCCCGGUACCCAUCGGGAAUUCCCAACCGACCCCAGGCUCCCUUCCUUGCCCCUAAACAAGACACUAUAGCGGACAUGGCGGAAACGUUCUGGAAACAAAAUAAUUGUGUUUAUCCCCCCAAGGAAUUUUACCAAAUGUUUCGAUCGGCUUGUGACGUCAUAAUAACCGAACAAACGUUUUACGCGGGAAUCUGUCACGAGUUUUUCAACUUAUCUCAACCUUUAUGCGGAUUGGACCAAGCAACUGAUGACGAAAUACAGACGAUGACAACAAUACAAGAUCUACAAUCAAACAUAGGCGAUGACGAAAUAUGCGACACGUUAUCUAAUAUGAGGAGAUCGGAACCUGACAUGUUUCUACAUCCUACAGGUAGAGACUCGUGGUUCGAGCCCGCUUACAACUUAUUGUUUUCCUCCGAUACUUGUCAAAGCGUGUGCAGCCUCGAUAACGUUCACCCCAUAUGUUUCGGCCUUCUUCUUAACUUUGAUUACGUCAUGAGUACACGUCAGAGGGCUGCUGAUGACGUAGCUGAAGAUAACGUCACAAACGAUCCGAUUGGCGACGUUAUGAACGCUAGCGAUGACGUAAUGAAAGAUUCUGCCGACGUCAUUAGUUCUAUGGAUGACGUCACUGAAGAGAGUGAUGACGUAGUUAAAACAAAUAUUUCUGAUGGUGACGCAAAAACCGCGAUUGUUGACAUCACAAAAAUAAGCAAUGACAUAACCAGCACCGUUUCCGAUGACGUAACAAACGAAGGUUCUGACGUAAUCGAAACAAACUAUGACAUCACAACUGACGUCACCGCAACCGAACCGAGCAAAGGUGUUAUCAAUGACGUCAUCACACCUAAUGACGUGGCGUUAGAUGACGUCGCCAGUGAAAAUAAUAACGACCAGGGUGAUGACGUCGAUAUAGACAACAUUACUCUUUCUGACAUCAUAAUAGACGAGAUCCCAAGCUCACUAUUGGAUCAUCCGCUACUGAGUAUUUUCAACGCUUCUACUCCCUACAGACCCAACCCUAAGCUGUUCAAUACGAAAGCUACACUCCCUAACGAAGAUUUUUACUACGAGUUGGACGAUGUCGCGUUGGUAGGAGAUGGGGAACCACCUCCUGACGUCAUAAUUGCUAGUGAUUUGGAGGAUAAUGGUGACGUCAUCGGGGAUUUCUUGGAACUUGGGAAAGUUGAAAAACUUCCGGGUACGUCAUAAUAGACCUCUGCUACU